AGGUCUGGCCAAGUGCCGAGUAACAGAUUUUUAUCGUACGCCGUCAUACAGUGAGGCACAACACGGGAAAAUCACAAACCCUAGAUUUCCCUCCUAAAUCCCUAAUUUUCCAUCAACACUGGAAACACUGAAAAUUUUCUCUGUGGGAAUUAAAUUUUUUCUUUUGUCGGAAAAAAUAAAAUAAACAUUCAAAGAUGCUCCAGAAUAACAAACUUGAGGAAGAUUCAAAUCAAAACCCUAGAGUUACCUGGGAAGGUUGCAGUGUCUUGCUCGACAUCAACGAUGGUGACCGUCUCGUUUUUGCUCGUCUCACUGCUGCCUCGAGUUUGAAAAUUGGGAAUAAGAAUUUUCUUCUUCAGCCAUUGAUUGGUCGUCCUUUUGGUUCUUUGUUUCAAGUUGAGAAUGGAAAGGAAGGACCAUUUUUAUCUCCACUUUCUAUUACUGAAGGUGAUAAUGUUGAAGAAAAAGGGGAUUGCCAAAUUAACGACGAGUGCAAAGACAACCGAGGAUUGGUUGAUAAUAAUACUGCCCAAAGUCUCACUGGUGAAGAUAUAGAUGAGAUGCGAAGGUUGGGUGCCACAGGGGAUGAAAUAGUCCAAGCUCUCAUUGCUAACAGUGCAACUUUUGAGAAGAAAACAUCAUUCUCACAAGAGAAGUAUAGACUAAAGAAGCAAAAGAAAUAUGCACCCAAGGUACUUUUGAGGCGUCCUUUUACACGAAGUAUAUGUGAGACAUACUUCAAGAAAUAUCCAGCCAGAAUUGGGUUCUUGCGGGUGGACUCUUUAUCUCUUCUUCUCUCCAUGGCGAAUGUCAGUGCACAUUCUGAUGUCCUUUUGGUGGAUAUGGUUGGUGGUAUUCUUACUGGUGCUGUGGCUGAACGUUUGGGAGCAGGUACAGGUUUUGUGUGCAAUACUUAUCUUGGGGUUACGCCAUAUCCAGUGGAUAUAGUAAGAAUGUUCAACUUCAGCAGUGAAACUUGCAGAAGGAUUGUGCAGUGUUCGCUCACUGACCUUUGUUCCACUCAAAAUGAAACUUCUGUGCAAAUUGGCCAAGCUGGAGAUGCCAUUGGAAGUCAGUCAAAUGAAGAAAAAUCUCCUCUGUGCUCAGAAAGCAUGGAUGGAACUGCACUUUCUUCUGAACAUGGGAUGCUGGAUCUUAUGCCCGAGACAUCUACUUCUCCAGUUACCAAAGCAUGCAAAACCCCAAAAGCCGGAGAGAAGGCAUCACAAGAGGCCAUCAACUUGUGGAAAGAAAAUGGGUUUUCUAGCCUAGUAAUUGCUACUCCAGAUGCGGAUGCUUGGACUAUUGUUAAAGAACUCCUCCCGCUUUUAUCAUUUUCAGCUCCAUUUGCAAUUUAUCACCAAUAUGUUCAACCUCUUGCAACAUGCAUGCACAAUCUACAACUUGGGAAAAUGGCAGUUGGACUGCAAAUUUCAGAACCCUGGCUUCGUGAAUAUCAGGUUCUUCCAUCGAGAACCCAUCCACAAAUGCAGAUGAGCUCAUUCGGUGGGUAUAUUCUAAGCGGUACUAGGAUAUGUAGCGAUGACCAGCCACAACUGAAGUAAUUGCUUCAAUUUUUUACCACAAAUUUUUUUUUUUAGGGAAGCAAUUGCCCACAUCUCAUAAUGUAUAAUUUCUUUGAUAAGAAGUGUACACUAGCUUUUCAAUUGCAAAUUUAAGAGUUUCAUUUGAACAAUAAAUUGUGCUUGAAUUUAAUUU